AUGUUCGAUCUUAAAAAUAAUAAAGAAACCAUUAUCAAUGCAGCUACUGCAUCAAAUAAUGAAACCAAAACACAGACUUCAAAGAAUUUCGAGAAUAGAUUUAAAGAUGAAUUUUCACAUAGGUUUGCCGAAGCAAUGCUUUGGACUCCUCCUGUUCCUGAACAAUCUUUAAUUGACAAUGUGCCAGAUUUUCUUAAAAAAAUUGGUUCAAUAAAAGUUCCUUUUGAUUCUCCUGAUAAAACUUUAAAUUCACCUUCUUCCCCUUAUGAUUUAACACUUUCGUCUCUCUUAAAGGCUGGCCUUCAUUUGGGUCAUUCUAAAUCCUUGUGGAAUCCUUCUACAUUUCCAUUCAUAUAUGGUACUCGUCAUGAUAUUAGCAUUAUAAAUCUCGAAUAUACAUUUAUCUAUUUACGUCGUGCAUGCAAAGUUGUUCGAGAAAUAAGUUAUCGUGGGGGAAUAAUUUUAUUUGUCAACACACGUGGAGGAGGAUACGCACGUGCAGCCAUAGAAGCAGCAAAAAGAUGUAAACAAUUUCAACUUACAACUCGUUGGUUACCUGGUACUUUAACCAAUUCUCAACAAGUUUUAGGUUAUUUAACAACAAAAAAGGAAGGAGAUUUAUUAACAAAAGUUUAUGCCCCCGAUUUAAUAAUAUUGUUAAAUCCAGUUGAAAAUGAAAUUGUAUUAAAAGAAGCAAAACAAUGUAAUAUUCCUACAAUUGGAAUUGUAGAUACCAAUUUUGAUCCAAUGAAAGUUAGUUGGCCUAUACCAGCUAAUGAUGAUUCAGUUAGAGGUAUAGAAUUGAUUGCGGGUGUAUUAAGUGUUGCAGCUAGAGAUGGAUUAUUACAUAGAUAUGAAAUGUUAAAGAGAAUAGAAGACUUACGAACAAAAAAAGUUAUAAAUGACGUAAUUGAAAAUGUAAAAAAAGAUUUUGAUGAUUCUGGAGUUGAUGAGGACGUUUUAAAAAUUCUACAUAAUAUAUGGAAAGAAAAGGUUAAAAGUGCAAGGGUCGCACCUUGGGACCAGAAUGAAGGAAUUCUUGAAGAACCUAAUCAAAUUGUAAACGGUAUUUCAAGUACAUCUAAUCCUUACCCACAACCACCACAAAUGCCACAAAAUGAUUCCAUGCCUAAAGGCGAAACAGCAGCAGCAAAUCUUUCAAUUCUUGCAACUCAAACGAUUAUUUCUGAUAAUAGUAACGGAGUGGGAAGAGCUCCUCAGCCUUAUCUGCCACAGAUUAAAAAUGGUAAUGGUAAUUCAUUACCUUCCACAACUGCAACCGACAAUAUAACCAAAUAUGGAAUGAUGUACGAUAACCAACAGACCGAAGUAGAUCAAAAUCUUUCAUAUUUUCAUCAUCAGACAGUGGGGAAACAACAACAACAGGAAAUCGAUAUGUACAUCGGACAAAGAAUAAAAGAAAAAGAAAGACAAAUUCCUCGUACGGGUGAAUCUACUCGAGAAGUACUCACACAACCAUCACCACAACAGCCACCACAACAACCACCACAACAGCCACCACAGCAACCACCAUCACAGCCACCAACCUAUGAUUUGGCAAAUAGGGAAUCAAGGCAAACCGACGUAUUUUCUGGGGAAGAUGCGAUUAAUUCUGAUCUCGAUGAUACAGAUGAUGAAGGUGCCACGGAAGGCGAGGAUACACAAAAUAUUAUUCUAUGCUUGUAUGAUAAGUCAUGGCGAAGACAGGUGGACGAGUUACUAGAUCCAUGA